AUGUCAUCCUUGGACGACUUGGUUUUGAGUAAAAUUUUGGGAUUCCUAAGCAUGAGUGAUUUCAGAAAUUCUCAGCCGUUUUUGGUGUGUAAACAUUGGCACAAAUUCAUGAAUUCGGAGCACUUCGCUCUCAUGUAUUUGGAAAAUCAAUGGUACUUGAACCGAGAGCAGAAACAAGUAUUGAAGGAUGUGGAUCAAAUAUGUCACCACAUCUUGAUGAAAUUAAACAAUCAAAACAAAUAUUGUCAAAGACGCUUCUAUCAGUGCCAAGAUCAUUAUUACUUAUCGGAAUUGAAAAGAAUUUAUGCAUUCUUUAUUUUGGACCGAUUUGGAAAUGAAUUGUUUUUCAGAAAUUUCAAUCUAGUACCUUUGGGAGACCCAGUGAGACAUUGUCUCAUAAAACAGAAAAUUAUUUCGUGUUUUGUAGAGAAUGUUAUUGAUGUUUCAGAGAUCUAUCAUGUGAAGCCUAUAUUUCACUCCAAAGGGAGAUUAUUUGUUUUUAUUUCAAAACAAGAUUUACAUUUGGUUGUGGUUUCUAAUAGCAUUCGCAAUAAUGCCAUGGAAAUGAUUUGCCUGCUUUACAAGAUGCAUGACCUCAUGUGCAAACUUUUGGGAACUCCACUUCAAACUAAUACUAUUCCAUUAAAUUAUUCAUUACUAUGGCAACUGGUUGAUGAAAUGAUAUGUUUGGGAAUAACUGAGAAUACAAACGAAAAUGCUUUGAAAUCGAUUUUGGAAGAAUCAUUGGCGAAGAAUGGAAGCUCUUCUCCGAAAGACCGACUAGUCAGUUUUCUGUACUUUUUAAUUAUUGCCCAAUAG